AAUUUGUUCUGUGCUGCACAUGUUUCUGCUUCCAGUAAAUGUUUUCUUUGUGUUAAUACCUCCAGCAUUACAUUCACAUCGGGUAAUGUUAGAUUAGCACUUUCUGCAGCUAUAAUAUCUCUUAAUCCAUCAUGUGGUGGUACAGUAUUGUGAAUACUAAUGACAAAAAAGAUAUUUUCAUAAAAAAUUUAAUGCAUACUUGUGCUCCAAAAUACCAUGGUGUGGCACUGAUAUACUGUGGAAUGUGUGGAUUAAUGUCUUUGCCUUCUUCAUCUACUGCAGCUGGUGCCGUACCAGCUUUUCUUGCUUCUUCUAACUCUUUAGCUUUCCGCCAAUCUUCUCGACUUUUCUUCUUGGGUUCAUCUUCGAAAUUACUUUUAUUUUUUAUGAUCUUUGACACGGGCACAUUAGUUAAAGUAUUUGCCAUUUUGGUAAGAAUAGAGCAUGGAAUGGAUGGAUCAUGUCCACUUCUCCUUCCAUCCUUUGGGGAAAAGGACAGUUCUGAAAGAGAAGCUUCAUACUCGUCGCAAAAAGUUGGCCUAUAUAGGCCAACAUCAGAUGCAAUUGACUUGGGAUAUCAUACAUUAGAUAACAAUGUCUGCCGUUCUACAUCUUCGUCAGCUAUUAUAUCAGUUCCAAUUAGACAGCAAAUUCUAUUACAACAAAAGUGCAUUUAUGUCACAGAUCUGUGUCAGCUGGAUGAUACUUUAUUACUGAAGAUUUUUAGUUGGCUGAGUACCAGAGAUUUAUGUUCUGUCGCUCAAACUUGUAGACGUCUUUGGGAAAUAGCAUGGCAUCCGUCUCUUUGGAAAGAAGUAGAAAUACGUUAUCCCCAAAAUGCAACAGCUGCGUUGAAUGCCUUAACCAGACGGGGAUGCCAUACGUAUAUCCGUCGUUUGAUACUCGAAGGUGCUGUUGGCCUGGCUGGGAUUUUUGCCCAGUUACCAUUUUUAAAUUUAACUUCGUUAGUUUUACGACAUUCCCGACGAGUUACAGACACAAACGUGACAGCUAUCCUAGACAAUUGUAUACAUCUGAAGGAAUUAGAUUUGACAGGAUGUAUCAACGUUACAAGAGCAUGUAGUCGAAUAACAACGUUGCAGUUACAAUCGUUAGAUCUCAGCGAUUGUCACGGUAUAGAAGAUUCUGGCUUAGUUCUGACACUGUCCCGCAUGCCGCAUCUUGCUUGUUUAUAUUUACGACGAUGUGCGCGCAUAACUGAUGCCAGCCUCAUAGCGAUCGCUUCCUAUUGUGGCAAUUUGCGUCAAUUGUCUGUUUCUGAUUGUGUGAAGAUUACGGAUUACGGAGUACGCGAGUUAGCAGCACGUCUUGGCCCAUCAUUGCGUUACUUUUCAGUGGGAAAAUGUGAUCGCGUAUCUGACGCUGGUCUGUUGGUUGUUGCCAGGCACUGUUACAAAUUGAGGUAUUUAAAUGCCCGUGGCUGUGAGGCACUUAGUGAUAGUGCUACGUUAGCUUUGGCACGUGGAUGUCCGCGUUUAAGAGCUCUUGAUAUAGGAAAAUGUGAUAUUGGUGAUGCAACUCUUGAAGCCCUUUCUACUGGAUGUCCAAAUUUGAAGAAAUUAUCCUUAUGCGGUUGUGAACGUGUCACAGAUGCUGGAUUAGAAGCUUUAGCAUAUUACGUGCGAGGACUGAGACAGUUAAAUAUUGGUGAAUGCCCGAGGGUUACAUGGGUUGGAUAUCGAGCAGUAAAACGCUAUUGCCGCAGAUGUAUCAUAGAACAUACAAAUCCUGGUUUUUCAAGC